UUCAAUAGCAAUACCUGUGGCUCUAUAUAUACCGUCGCCCUCGUCUAGUGUCGAUCUAAGUAGCUAAAAAGACAGCCAACUUUUGCUCUUGAAUUCACCUAGUUUAGCUAUCAUGGCAAUGUUGUCUACCAAAGCUAGCCAUGAUUCUCAUGGCCAGGACUCUUCCUAUUUCAUUGGAUGGCAAGAGUACGAGAAGAACCCUUAUCACCCUACCCGAAACCCCACCGGAAUUAUCCAAAUGGGUCUCGCCGAAAACGAGCUGAGUUUCGACCAAUUGGAGAAGUGGCUGGCCAAUAAUCCAGACGCUUUGGGAUUGAGACGAAAUGGAGAAUCCGUGUUUAGAGAAUUGGCUCUAUUUCAAAACUAUCAUGGGUUGCCAGCUUUUAAAAAAGUGCUGGUUGAAUUGAUGGCGGAAAUACGAGGAAACAAAGUGAAGUUUGAUGUGAAUAAUCUGGUCCUCACCGCUGGUGCAACUUCUGCCAAUGAGAUCCUAAUGUUUUGUCUUGCCGAACUUGGAGAUGCUUUCCUUGUUCCCACUCCUUACUAUCCAGGGUUUGACCGUGACCUAAAAUGGCGUACGCAUGUUCAAAUAAUUCCAAUUCACUGUUGGAGUUCAAACGGGUUCAGAAUCACAGCAGCGGCCAUGGAGGAGGCCAUGGAACGAGCCGAAAAGCUGAAUCUACGAGUGAAAGGGGUUUUAAUCACGAACCCAUCAAACCCAUUGGGCACUACAAUGAGCCGGAACGAGCUGAAUUUAGUGGUGGAUUUCGCCAAAGCCAAAGGAAUCCACAUUGUAAGCGACGAGAUAUAUUCCGCCACAGUUUAUGAGACCCCAAAGUUCAGAACCAUAAUGGACGAUAGCCUAAAAAAAUCCUCAAUAUGGGACCGAAUCCACGUGGUUUACAGCCUGUCCAAGGAUCUGGGCCUACCCGGGUUCCGAGUAGGUAUGAUUUAUUCAAACAACCCGAAAGUGGUGGCUGCGGCUACCAAAAUGUCAAGCUUCGGCCUGGUGUCGUCUCAGACGCAGUACUUGCUGUCUCAAAUGCUGGGGGACGAGAAAUUCCGAAGGAAUUACAUGGAGGAAACGAAGAGACGGAUCCGGAAGAGGAAAGGGUUGCUGGAGUCGGGGCUCCAGAAGGCCGGAAUCCGGUGCUUGAAAGGGAAUGCGGGUCUGUUUUGUUGGGUGGAUAUGAGGCAUCUUCUCAAGUCCGGGACUUUCGAAGAGGAAAUGGAGCUUUGGAAAAGGAUUUUGUCCCAGGUUGGAAUUAAUGUGUCACCCGGUUCAGCAUGUCAUUGCUCUGAACCGGGUUGGUUCAGGAUGUGCUUUGCCAACAUGUCGGAACACACUUUGACGGUGGCCAUGCGUCGUCUUAAGGCCUUUGUAGGGCCGAAGCCUGCUGUUGUAAAGAGACGGCCGUCCUUAACUAAGUGGGUUCUUUGAUGAUGUACUCACCACUCACCGGACCGACCGCCAACCGAAUAAGUGCCACUGGUGUACCUAAUUUAACGCAAAUCCUAAAAUCAAUGUCCAAAAUCAGAUCUCUAAUUAUCAGCCCUACCCCAUGUAAGAAAUUUCAUCAAAUUUUAGUAAUAUUUU